AUGGCCAGGUCCAGCAGUAGAGUCGCAGUGGCCGCCGUCCUUGCGGCAAUAGCCAUUUGCGCCGCCGUCUCGUCGGCCACCGUGACCGUGAACGAGCCCAUCGUCAACGGCCUCUCCUGGAGCUUCUACGACGCGUCCUGCCCCUCCGUGGAGGGCAUCGUGCGCUGGCACGUCGCCGACGCCCUCCGCCGCGACAUCGGCAUCGCCGCGGGACUCAUCCGCAUCUUCUUCCACGACUGCUUCCCGCAGGGCUGCGACGCGUCCGUGCUCCUGUCGGGUCCCAACAGCGAGCAGAUCGAGAUACCCAACCAGACGCUGCGUCCCGCGGCGCUGAAGCUCAUCGACGACAUCCGCGCCGCCGUCCACGCCGCCUGCGGGCCCACGGUAUCCUGCGCCGACAUCACCACGCUAGCUACCCGGGACGCCGUCGUCGCGUCCGGCGGCCCCUUCUUCGACGUUCCUCUCGGGCGGCGCGACGGCCUGGCGCCGGCUUCGAGCGACCUGGUGGGCACCCUGCCGGCGCCCUUCUUCGACGUGCCGACGCUGAUCGAGGCGUUCAAGAACCGCAGCCUGGACAAGGCGGACCUGGUGGCGCUGUCCGGCGCGCACACCGUGGGCCGCGGCCACUGCGCCUCCUUCAGCGACCGGCUGCCGCCCAACGCGGACGACGGCACCAUGGACCCGGCGUUCCGGCAGAAGCUGGCGGCCAAGUGCGCCAGCGACCCCAGCGGGAACGUGGUGAGCCAGGUGCUGGACGUGCGCACGCCCAACGCCUUCGACAACAAGUACUACUUCGACCUGAUCGCGAGGCAGGGGCUGUUCAAGUCGGACCAGGGCCUCAUCAACCACCCGGACACCAUGCGCACCGCCACCCGCUUCGCGCUCAACCAGGCCGCCUUCUUCGACCAGUUCGCCAGGUCCUUCGUCAAGAUGAGCCAGAUGGACGUGCUCACCGGCACCGCCGGAGAGAUCCGCCUCAACUGCUCCGUGCGCAACACCGCCAGCGUCGAUAUCUCAUCAUCAGCCCAGCUCGACACCGCCGCCGGCGACGACGAGGGGCUCGCGGCCGACGCGUGA